AUGGAUUGGAAACCUAUGGUGAUAAUGGGGGCGGUGGUGGUCAUGUAUGCAGUGAUGAACGCGCUGUCCAAGAUGGUUUUUAAUGAAGGGAUGCACACCACCGUCCUCAUGAUCCUUCGCCUACUUGUCGCCACGCUCUUCCUCGGUCCGAUCGCAUACUUCAAAGAGAGGAAGAAUAGACCUAAGCUUACCAUCGAGAUCUUUGUCUACCUCUUCAUCAGUGCCUUGCUCGGAGCCUCACUGAUCCGGUGGCUCUUUUUCCUGGGCUUACCGUACACUACGGCAACGUUCGCAAGCGCGUUCAACAACACAACCCCCAUGUUCACCUUUAUCCUUGCGCUCGCCUUCAAGGUCGAGAAACUCGACGUGGCCAGCCGCCCUGGCGCCGCCAAGCUCACCGGCACGGCCGUGGGGCUGGCCGGAGCGACGGUGUUGGCACUCUACCAAGGCCCAACCCUGAUAGGGGCGCCGUCGGCGUACCACCUAGCCGCUGCUGCGACCCACGGGGAUGCACGAAGGUGGGCUCUGGGGUCGGUGGCGCUGCUGGGCUUCUCGGCGAGCUGGUCGUUGUGGUUCAUCCUACAGUCCAAGAUCGGGACAAAGUACCCGGAACUCUACUCUAGCACAACGUCGAUGUUCUUGCUCAGCUUCGUCCAGAUGGCCAUUGUCGGGGCUGCCACCGAGAAGAUGACCAUGAAAGUCUGGGUCCCCUGCACGGUCCUCCAGGGCAUCACCGUGCUCUUCGCGGGUAUCGGGGUGUCCAGGUUGGGGUUCCUGGCCAUGUCAUGGUGCGUUGAGCGGCGAGGGCCUGUGUUCACCACCGCCUUCAUGCCGCUUAUCCAGAUUGUCACCGCCGGGAUCGACGUCUCCGUCCUCUACGAGCAACUCCACCUAGGAAGUGUGGUGGGGUCGGCGAUCGUGGUCGUGGGGCUCUACUUCCUCCUGGGGAAAGAGCAAUGA